CAGAUUCUCCAACCAAUCAGGCGGCAGCUCAUUUAGUGGCGUCACCUGGCAGGCCUGCAGGCAGGUACACUUAACAAAUUUGCUCUUUUUUCUCCUCCUAACCAAAAAAAUGGAGUCCUUUUCCAACUCGGGUGAGACCUUUCCUACACCGCCGCCCUACUUCCUGCCAGAUGAGAGCCAAUCAGGGCGCCAUGUGAAGAUUUAUCACGUUCACUCGCCCUUCAGACCACCUUUUACCACCCCCUUGUCUCCCGGAGGGGGACAUUUGACCCAGUCGCCCCUGCAAGUGUCUGGGCCCGCUCCCGCCACCCCCGCCCCCAGGUUUGUGAGCUACGAGGCAGAGUUGCACCGCUCUCCCGCGCUGACCGCGUGUCCCUUCUGCCACACCCGAGUCACCACCGCCGUCACCUUCCGGGCGGGGAGACACGCGUGGCUCAUGUGUCUCGUGUUGGCGCUGUGCGGGUUGGUGUUGGGCUGCUGCUUGAUUCCGUUUGUGGUCAACCAUUUUAAAGACGCUCACCACAGCUGCCCCAGAUGUCACCGCGUGCUUCACGUGCAGCGCCGAAGCUGCUGUCAAUGAUAACUGCUUCUACAUUUGUUUUUGUUUUUUAAAUCAACUGUAUAUUUUUAAACAAGGAAAUAAAUAAUUUUUCUAGGGCUGCCUUCCACUAAG